GUUGUGUGUGCGUGUUUUGUUGCACGUGUGCUUUUCCUUUGUGAAAGGCUCAACCUCAACUGCUUCCCUCCUCCACUCUCUGUCUCCCCUUCUUCGUCUCACUCUCUCCUCGUCUCGCUUCGCUCAACCCCUCGACUGGCCUUCAAAGAUGUCUGACGCCAAGCGCACGGCCUCCGGCAACGAUGCCACCAACGGUGCCAACCCUGCAAAGCGCCCUUUCAUUCGUGUGCCGGAUGAGUCCGCUGCCUACUCGCUGGACAGCUUCUGCAUCCCUGCCCACUACAAGAACGAUCUUGAGGAGAUUGUUCUUCCCCACGGCAUCGUCCAGGACCGCAUCCAGCGCAUGGCUCGCGACAUUGUUGAGGACCACCAGCACCAGCCUCUCGUGUGCCUGUGCGUCCUCAAGGGCGGGCAUCAGUUCUUCUCGGACCUCUUCAACGAGAUCAAGAAGCUGAACGUGAGUGCGGAGUCGUCUGUGCCGCUGCGUGUGGACUUUAUCCGCUGCAAGUCGUACGAGAACGACGAGUCAUCGGGCAAGGUCCAGGUCAUUGGCGGCGACAGCCUCGACUCCCUCAAGGGCGAAAACGUCCUCAUCGUCGAGGACAUGAUUGACACGGGUCGCACAAUGGUGAAGCUUGUCUCCACCCUCAACGACUACGCCCCCAAGUCUCUUCGCGUGGCAAGCCUCUUCUUGAAGCGUACGGAGCGCAGCAACGGCUUCAAGCCAGAAUAUGUUGGGUUUGAGGUGCCGGACAAGUUCCUCGUUGGCUACGCCCUCGACUACAACGAGUACUUCCGUGAUCUCGACCACGUUGCUGUGCUCAACGAUGCGGCCAAGGCCAAAUACCACCAGUAAUCACAUGCAGCCAUGCAUCCCCAUCAUGGCACCUCGCCAGUGGUGGUUUGAGCAGCUGCCCCCUGAUUGAUUUUUCUUUGCCUUGUUUGUUGUGUGGGGUCAACAAUAUCGCUGCUCUUUCUGUUCCCUUGCUUUUUUUUUUUCUUCUCACGUGAUACUUGAACUCUGUGUUUUGUGCUGACGGCGAUGGUGUUUCCUUUUCCGCUUCAUGUGAUGUGAUGUGGUGUGCAGUCACUGUCAUGACACACACCGUGAUGAUGAAUAAAGAUGGUGAUGAUAAGCUGUAUUGUGGUCUUGCGGUGUCACGCCAUAUAUGCUGUGUAAUGAAUAGCAUGAGGUUUUCAC